UAUAAUUUACAGUUGAUGAUUAAGGUUAGGGAUUAGGUUUCGGGUUUUCAUCACGAACUGACAUUAGCUAUGAUGCCAAAACUAUUUAUUCAAAUGGAUAGGUGAAUUUCGCGCCAAAAUCCCAGACUUAUUAUCUUAUACGUGAUUGGUUUGUCCAUAAAUUAUAGUCUCUCCGCUCUUCCAUUUAAUUCAGAAUACCUCUAUCAAAACAAGUUCAUCUUUUGGGGCUGUAAGACUGUGUCAAAACUAGCAUUGAUUACUCCUUUAAGGGCUACUUGACAAAUUCCAUCGAGUCUUCUACUAAGCCAUACGAGUCUCAGAAUCUCCAUGCUUAAUUCAUAUCCUCUCCCGAUACAGCUCAGUUAGGUAGCCAUCGUCUUCAUUUUCCCACCUCUAACCUUUAAUCUCACUAUCUUAUAUAGUCUCUUUUUUACACUGAAAACAUUUUCCGGAGUAUCUAAAAUACAGAGUACGGGAUAAAUGUUCCUUUGAACGAUUCUACUGUUGGUUUCAAGUGACAGUUCACUUCUAGAUAGUACACAUGGGUGAGAGUUAAAGUUAUCAAGUUUUCACUUAAUAAACUACUUAUGUGAUGCAUUUUUCAAGUGUUCAUGCAAUAGCACUAUUUCUAAAAUAUAUGAUUAAAUAUUUUCUUCAUUUACUUUUCUUCAGACCAUAGUAUUAUAAUAGUAUUCAAAGGGAUUUCGAUGAUCUGUAAGUGAAAACAUCCAUCCUAUCAACUACCAUCUUGAAGUCCCGAUAGAUAACUCCAUCAUGAAAAUCUGAGUUUAUCAAAAUUUGGGAAAAUUUUAGCCUCAUUGCUUAAUUCUCCUGAGUAAAAUGCAAUCUCGAAGUCGUCCUCAAAGCAACCUCAAAAAUGACUCGCGAAAUAGGUUUCAAAUAGAACUGGAAUUUGUCCAAUGUCUUGCGAAUCCUAACUAUCUAAAUUUUCUUGCACAGCAAGGUUGGUUUGAAAAGCCAAAUUUCAUAAAGUAUUUGAAGUAUUUACUGUAUUGGAAGGACCCUGCAUAUUCAAGAUAUCUCAUUUAUCCGUAUUGUCUUCACCUGCUUGAUCUUUUGCAACAUGCGGAAUUUCGCUCUGCUCUUGCACGAGGUCAGAUAUGCCGAAUGAUCGAUGAUCAAAUUCUUCUUCACUGGCAGCACUAUAUGCGUAAGCGUGCAGCUCUUAUAGCUAAACACGUUGAAGAAACUAUACAACCCACUUAACUUCACGUCUGAGCUAUGGAAUGUGCUAAGUCGUUCAUAAAUUGAUUUUCAUUUUCAGACUUGUGUUUUUCUUUCUGGAGAUGUCUUUUUGCCAUCAUAUCAGGCGUUUACUAAACACUGAGCUCUUUGUUUGGUCUCAUUAUACUUGGAUUUUUUUACGAAAUAAGAUUUUGUUGACAAAGUAAACCAAGAUCAUGUAAAUUCAUUUCAGUGCAUUAGCUUUAAUCGAUUUCUGUUAAAUUUCUAAUAUUUGAUUUAUUUUGCUCAACUCUUUAUAUUAAGUUACUCUUCUUGAAAUUAAGUAUAUAUUUGGGUAUUAGCCUCCCAGAUGGAACCUGCAGUUUUACUCUGAACACUUCGAACUGACUGUUGGGAUAGUUCGCGUACACCGUAGGCGCAUUUAGUUCUGGUGUCUGUUGGAGUGCUUAAUAACUGUACUGUUUACUUGUCUCAAUUCCAACAUAGGGCAAUUAUCUAUGCCGAGACCUAAUUGCAUUUCAAACAAAAAAUUAUUUUUAACUUCAGCGAAUAAUUGAUUAUCGUAUGCUGAACUUAUGCUAAUUGUUGUUAGCAGUCUAAUUUAGUACUGUUCUUUUAACUCCACUUAUGCAAAUAGAUGUUUGAAUACCGACGUCUAAUCACCGCGUAAACCCUUAAUCAGUGUACCUAUAAUUUGUUAGCAUUUCUCAUUAUCCCUGUCCUAUACUCAAUAAGACGUUUCAUUGUCUCUUAUUUCUACCCUUAUGAGCCUAAUUAUUCACUUCUAAAAAUAGUUUUUUUGGGAAAUCAUAGCGUUGUACAUUAUGGUUAGUCUACGUCGAAGUAGGAGAAAAUAAUAAAUUGAAGCGGAACGACGAUCUAUUUUAAUAUUAAGGUAUACAAGCAUUGUUCAUGAAAUCAAGAAAAUGCAAUUGAAAGAUAGGGUAUAUAAUACUAGUUCUCCGUUAUUAAGUAUCGAUAUAAUCAUACUACAAAUAGGCGCCCGGGACAUUUGCUUUUAGCAAAUGUCAUUGAAAUUACAAAUUUUCUGUGUGAUCGCAUUCAGAAUAUUACGCUGGUUUUCUACUAGCUAUUUAUCAAAACGCG